AUGUCCCGCUACGCCGAAGCCCACGCCGACCCCCAGGGAGCAGGUGACGCCCGACCGACGGCCUUGCAAAUCAUCAAAGACGAAGGACUGGAAGGCAAGCUCGGCGGAAAGGUCUUCGUCAUCACGGGAACUUCAUCAGGCAUCGGCAUUGAGACCGUCCGUGCCAUCGCAGCCACCGGCGCGAAGCUGUUCCUCACCGCGAGGAACGUAGCCAAGGCGAAGACUGCCCUCGCUGACAUCCUUGACCCGUCUCGCAUGGAGAUCGUUCAGAUGGACCAAGGAUCUUUGGACUCAGUCCGUGCUGCCGCUGCGGCCAUCCUCUCCAAGACCGACAAGGUCAACGUCCUCAUCAACAACGCCGGCAUCGCGGCUAUCCAAGCUCUCGAAUUCACCAAGGAGGGCCACGAGAUGCAGUUCGGCACCAACCACCUCUCCCACUUUCUCUUCUUCCAGCUCUUGAAGCCGGCUCUCCUGGCGGCAUCGACCCCAGAGUUCCCCUCUCGCGUCGUCAACGUUGCUUCCGCCGGCCACCGAUUCAAGGGCAUUAACGCGUCCGACAACUACAACUUCCAGAAGGGAGGCUACGAGCCGAUGAUGUCGUACGCCCAGUCCAAGACUGCCAACAUCUACAUGGCCAACGAGAUCGAGCGGCGCUACGGGUCUCGCGGUCUGCACGCGACGAGUCUUCACCCUGGUGUUAUUGACACGCCUCUCUCCGUCAACUUCCCCAAGGCGGAGAUUGAUGCUUUGUUGAGCAACCCCGAGAUGAAGAAACAGAUGAAGUCCCCGGAGCAGGGGGCUGCGACUACGGUGCUGGCUGCCGUUGGCAAGGAAUGGGCCAACAAGGGAGGUAGAUACCUCACCAACUGCACAGAGGCGAUCCCUGAGGUUGAGGGAUGCGGCCAGUUUGACAGUGAAUACCAUGCCUCGUGGGCAUAUGAUGAGGAGAGCGAGGGACGACUGUGGAGAGAUUCGUUGAAGCUUGUUGGUCUCGAAGACAAAGAGUGA